GCCUGCCUGUGCUGCUCUCUGUCUUUGGCUUAAAAAGUUCAAGUCAUUAUUCUCCUCCUGCUGCUAUUCAGAUGAAGUCCUGUUGGCUCAUUGUUAUUCUGCCCGAGUGACAGAGGGGGGACUCGGAGAAUGAGAGUCCAGCCGUGGUUCUCCCAACUGCAGGGAGCUGUUUGUACUGCUUGAGGUGGUGCUGGUAGGCUUUUUCCAGGCUUGAGGGCACGUUGGUAAUCGGCUCAGUAAUGAAGAAAGGUACUGAACGGCACCGAAUAUCUGACCCUAAUUCCUGGAAGUAAAAAAGGAGGCAGAGGAAGAGGAGGGGGCCACAAAAAAGGAGAAAGGCCAUGUGAAAAAGGAGGUGGAGGGGAGGUGAGAUUUAGAGCUCUGCUGGAUGAAGCAACCCCCCACUAACCAACGAAGAGGGAAAGUAGUCUAAUAGGAAGAAAAGAGGGGGUGUUUUACUGUUCAUUAAACACUGAAAGACUUGCAGCAAGCUUUUAUCGUUUCCCACAAUGAGCCCAGAAAAGACAGCAGAGAAUAAAAGGAUCAAACAAGCAUAAAUCCAGCAGCUGCAGAUCUGCAUCAGAAAAAGAAAAUGUCUCGCACCGAAGAGGUCAACAAGAUGACGGAGAACGUCUACAAGGGCAUUCUGGACCAGUUCAACCCCAGUCUGAAGAACUUUGUGACCAUGGGGAAACACUAUGAGAGAGCUCUGACAGGAGUGACUGUGGCAGCUAAAGGCUACUUUGAUGCUCUGGUGAAACUCGGAGAGCUGGCAAGCGACAGCCAAGGUUCCAAAGAGCUGGGAGACACGUUGUUUCAAAUGGCCGAGGUUCACAGACAGAUUCAGGUUCAGCUGGAAGACGUGCUGAAGCUGUUUCACUCAGAGAUGUUGGCCCAGUUGGAGCAGAAGCUGGAGCUGGACAUCAAAUACCUCACAUCGACUCUAAAGAAGUACCAGAGUGAGCGAAGGUCUAAAUCGGAGUCUAUUGAGCGUUGCCAGUCCCAGCUGAAGAAGCUCCGCAGGAAGAGCCAGGGCAGCAGGCACCCAAACAAGUACGGUGACCGGGAGAUGCAGUUUGUGGAGCUGAUGAGUCGUCGCCAAGGUGAGCUGGACGCGCUGGUUGCCACAGGUUACAAGUCUGCACUCACCGAGGAGAGGAGACGAUACUGCUUCCUGGUGGACAGACAGUGCUGCGUCACCAAACUGCUCAUAAACUACCACUCCAAGGUAAGAGAGCUUCUGUCUCAGAAACUGUCUUCUUGGCAGCAGUCGUGCUCUCAACCGACAAAGCUGCCAGAGCGCGCGCUCAACCUACUGCGUCACACGGCGCCGCAAAGCCCAGGGGCUGCUGGGAUAGCAGAGGUCCUCCGUCACGCCAAGCUGGGCUCCGCUCAGCCAGAUCAGAAGCUCUCUGUCCAGGAAGUCCCUCCACUGUUGAAUGGCGAGUCGAGUCGCUCCCAGCAGCAGCGCUCGCUCCCCUCGUCUUCCUCCUCCCACAGCGACUCUGGUCCUCCUCAGGGCUCCCCUCAGGCUUUCCGCUCUGGGUCCUCCACUGCCGGAGCUGCAGGAGGUUCAUCCAGAGGGACGUCUCCUCAGCACACCAGCACGCUCCUCAGCGCAUCAGCCAGCCCCCUCCCCGACGAGAGCGCCAGUCCGGCAGGGUCCACUGCCACCACGUCCAGCAGCUGCACCCAGCAGGGCUUGCUCCUCCUGGCCACGACCAGCCUCUCCCCAAGCCUCAUCCCAUCCACCGUGAUGUCGCUCAGCCAGAUCUCGGCAACCAGCAGCUCCUCGCAGGGCAUGACUCUCCCCAUCCCUCACAGUGCCCCCCACAGUCCCCCGCUGUCCCACAGCGCUCCUCUCUCCAGGGCCAUGACCCCCGUGCAGCUGCUGCACCAACAGGUGGGACCAGGAGGGAGCAACACUUUGUCUCACAACCCCUGGCUGCUGAAGGCUGGAGACAUGUCUGCCACCGCUACGCUGCCGCUGCCGAGGAGGCCUGUCAGUGAAAUUAGACUGGGGGGCUUUCAGGGAUCCAGUCUCCCCAGGAUGCUGCCUUUAUCUGGACACACCCGGGUGGAGGCCAUGUUUUCCCACACUCCUGGAGCAUCGGAGGGUGGAAACGUGAUGGGCGGGGCUUGCCUACUUCACUUCCUACCUGGCGACCACAUCACCCUGCUGAUCUCUGAGCCCAGAGACGGGUGGCACUACGGUCAAAAUGAACGGACCGGACGGAAAGGCUGGUUCCCUUUCUCCUACACUCAACCACAACACGGCAAGAUGGAUCAGCUGGAGGGCAGCUCUCUCUUCCUAUCUAAGACCAACAGCACCAGCACCGGACAGCUCGACAAGCUGGUGUCCGCAGGACUCCCGGCCCUGACCCCCGAGUCCAAGGAGGAUCGCUCGCUUCCUCCCCAGAGGGUCAGCACCUUCCGCCCACGCCCCUACAGCAUGGCCGACAGCAACAAGAUCACAUCAGAUUUAACUUCCUCCCCACCCUCGCCCACCAGACCCAAUCCAUUUGCUCACAUCCGACUCAGAAAAACGGUCACCAACGAUCGCUCGGCUCCCAUUAUCGAGUGAGUCUGUUUUUCCUCAGUGUCCCUGUGGAUCAUCGCUUCAUCCAGCCUCAGGUUCAUCUCUGGAAACUGCACCUUGACCAGUGACUUGCUCUGAAAGUGUUUUAUUUCUCAGUUAAAUCGUAGGAAGUUUAUGUUUUAUGAGGAGAAACAGAAUCUGAUUUGAGUUAUUUUUUUAUUUUGGGGGUUGUUAGAAACCAGGAAAGACAACUGGAUAAAUGAAAAUGUGGCAGGAAGUAACUGUGGGCGUUAAAAGUGGUAGUUCAGACCUUUUAAAACUGAAACCAUAUCUUGAUGUUACCCUUUGAAUGAGCUUCGUUUGAGAAACAGAUUAAUUGUGACCAGAAUGAUGAGCUAAUGGCUGACCUGUGUGACCAAAGAUGGUGCAGUGGUUUAUGUGAAUGUUAUUUAAUAAAUCUUUACGCAACUAUUAAUUAGCAUUACGCACUUAUUUUCACAGAUUUUUAAUUACUUUCAGGUGGCUAACUGUAACAUUUCUGGUGCAGCCCAAGAAAAUAAUCAGGAGAAAAUAAUAUUUUUAAUGUUAACAUGUCAUCUGUGUAAAGGUUCAUGAAGCAGAGUUCACAUGAACUGCUGUAUAUGAGAAUUAAGUUGUUUUAAAAUAGCAACCAUCUACUUUUUUCUUGUUUAGCUCAUAAGUCUGGUUAGAAAUAAAAUGUUUCUCCAGAUUGAAGUAAUUUAAAAAGCUAUCCACAGCAAGUAAGAUAUUCAUUGUUUACAGUCUUUUUUUCAGAAUGCCACACCAAAAGAUCUGAACUGUCCCUUUAACUUGGUCAGGUUUGUUUUUGUUUUAGAGAACAUAAUGCUGUCUUAAACUUCUAAAAUUUUCUUAUUAGUCCUGUAAUUUAAAGCAUCUUUUUUCUGUUUUCUCUUAUUUGUUAUAAUUUUCAGAAAAUGUAAAAUCUUCGUUUUGCUGCUUCAGUAACUUGAUCUAUAAAAACAAAAGUCUCACUUUGUUAGGACAUAUUUUAUGACAAGGACAGGUUCCUUCUCUAUUCUAGAUUUUCUUUUUUUCUUUUAGAAAAUCUUCCAUAUUGGUGCAUUUUAAUGAGAAAAAAAACAUAAAUUUGUUUUAAAUCCUUAAUGUUUAGAUAAGUUCCUAGACUUUAUUUAAUGACACUGAAACACAGAAAAGAUUUUGCAUCACUUUUACUUUGGUAAUAAGAAGUGUUUAAAUGCACAAAGCUCUGAAGUUUUUGUGACGCUGUAAACAUUUUGUUAGUAAUUGUAAUGAUAGAUUAUUGGAUUAUUUUAACUUGUUCCCUGGAUUCGUAUAAAAAAUUUAUUUUCUGUUAUGCUUCAGUGGAACUAAAUUAAUCACAUUUUAUGACAGUGUUUUAGGGCCUUUGUAAAUAAAAACAAAUAAAAGGAGCUGGAGGGUGGAGUGAAAUUUAGAACAAAAGCUAAGAACUUUAGACAUAAAUGUAGGAUUACCUAAAUAGUGGUGAAUUUUUUUAUGAACAAAUGUAAGAUUUUGUGAGAAUAAUGCUAUCCUCUUAUCCUCUUAUUUUUUUAAAUCACAAAUAAUCAAAAAUUUCCAGGAUUAAAAUUUAAAUUUAAUAGAAAAAACUCUGCUGUUUACAAAGCUUUGAGUAUAAUUUGGUCUAAAAAAUGCUUAGGUAUCCCGAGACUGAAGUUGUUGUUUUUUUUUUUUCUGUAAUUUUACACCUUAAUCUCAGAAUACUUUUGCCUUUUUUCACACAAAUUCUACUUGAUUAAUCUCAGUGAACUUGUCAGUUUUAUCAAAGUAAAUUUAACUAAUUUAACCUUUUGAAGUUAUAACUUUUUUUGCUUUGCACAGUUAUGACUUCUCAUCAUCAGAGAAUCAGUUUUAUUCUUGCAAUUUUUGGUUUUAAUCAUGAAAAUUUUGACAAUAUUCUUUCAAACUUAUGAAAAGAUAUUAAAAUCUGAAUUUUAUGUUCUUAAAGUUUUCUCAUCCUCCAGCUCCUUUUCUUUAAAAUAACAGUGGCUUUAAUAGACUGUCAAACAUAUUUUCUCAUAAAAAACACAACAAACCAUAAAACUCACACACUGUGAAGGUUAACAGCUUAAUGUUUAAAUAACAGUUUAUGGAGAGAAACGUUUUUUUUUUUUUUUAGAAAGUUUCAAGUUGAAGAAGGUUUAAGGGCUUGGAGGUUUGAAUGCUUAGAUUUGGAUCAUAUGUCUUCUUGGUUCCCUUUGAGUCAUACAUUUUAAACCUGAUGCUCUUCUUGCUGAAUUUUAUCAGACUGAACUGUCAGAACCUUAACGAGUUGUGAAAACCAAGAUGUUUGUGGAGAGAACGUUUCAAAGAAAGUGAAAGAGAAAGUUUACAGGAAAGUUGAUCAGCGUCGCAGCAGGUGUUUGUGGUAAAAUACAAACAUCCAGAAUCAUAUGAGUGGAUCUCAAUCUCUAGAAGCGUGAAGAGUUUUUGUUUUAUACUUCUAUAUAACACUAACAGCACGUCGUACUGCUUACUUUGCAUCAUUAGUUGGAAGAAAUGCUUAUUAUUGCUUGUAAAUAGUGCUGAAAAUAUGCAAUUUGUAUUUGACUUUUUGAAUAUUUCACUUUGGUUGAACAUUUUGACUCUGUGAUCGUGCAGAAAAACUGAUACAGAAGAAGCAGAAAAACUGCAGGUACUGAGGUUAAUACAAAAAGUAAUAAUUAAAAUAACUGUGGCUGCUUUAAUAAGAUGACAAGCUGAAUUUUGUAGGUUUUGUUUAAAUUAUUGAAACGUGGCAUUUAAAUAGCUCAUAGAUGCUCAGUAAAAUUCAAAAGCGGCUGAAAAGAUGUAGAUUCUAUAAUAAAUGUAACGAUAUAUUUAUAAUCCAGCAGUGUCAAGUUUUAACAGAAAUUAUUUGUCUUUAUAAAUUUGUUCUCCUUAAUCCAAGUCAGCACGAGUUCAAACCAUUUCAACUGAAGUGAAAUAUUGUUUAAAAAUCAGAUGCAGCUUAAAUAAAAAGAAGUAUUUGAAAUGUUGCACUGUGAAAACACUGACAGGCCAUUGUAUUAAUAUACAGUUAUGAUGCUAUGAUGAAUACUUGAUGGAAGUUGUGGAAUAAAAUUGAAAUUUACAAAUCUA